AUGAAUGCCGACAGCAAGUCAAAAACCUUGAAGCCAAAAAUCGAACACUGGAAGAUCAAGCUGCUCGAGGACGGGCUGCCCGAGCUGCCCGAGCCGAACGAGAAAAAGCUGAACGAGAGCGAGCUUUACAACAACAAAUCACACAGCUCGAACGCGAAAAGCAAGACCAAGUCGCAGGCGAACGAGAGAUUAGAGAACAAGCCGAAGAACAAGCCCGCGAACGAGCUGCCGAAGUACAAAAUUCCCGCCAAGAAAUUACACAGCUCCAAGGUCGAAUUCAAACAAUGGUUGAUCAAGUCGCCCGCGAAGGAGAGCUUCGGAACCAAGCUGAAGAACGAGCCCAAGAACGAAUCACACAGCUCGACCGUGAAAAGCAAGAAUUGA